GAGGGUCGGACCAGCGGCUCGCUCGCCUCCCGUUGGCUGCUUUGUACACGUCAGCAGUCGGCGUGCUUCCUGCUGAAGAUGGGUCGGACUCCUUCCAUCCUCUUCCUGGUUUCCACUUCUCGCUCGUCACACGUCUUUUCGGAAUCGCACCGCAGAGCAGAAGGAGACGGACCGCUGUGGACCGGCUGGUGAGACGCUGUGGAGCCCGCGUCGCUGCUGUCAUUCCUGCCUCAGAACUCGGGUGACACAACGUGACCAAGACGGCAAGUUUACCAUGAAUACCAUGAACACGAUGUCGAUACGAGGGUGAAGCCGAGCCGACAGUCGUGUGUUUAGACCCGGUCUCUGCUGGUCCUCGGCGGUCAUGAGGUUCCGUAUGGUGCGGCGCAAGGCGCUGGCGCUGCUGGGGGUCUCGCUGGUCAUCGGGACGCUGCUGUUCUCCACCCGGGUGCUGUUUCUGUCCGACCCGGAGACAACUGACCCCAUCAGCUUCAGAGACAGCCACGUCUCGCAGUCCGAAGAGAUGGUCAAACUGAACUUCGCCUCCCCGUCUGAAUUGGCUGAGUCUGUUUUGAACGCGGAUUACCAGCAGUUCGUUUUGAACGCAGACCGGUUCCCGGAGGAGCCCCAGCUGGUGCUGGUGGUCCAGGUCCACAACCGGCCGGACUACCUGCGCCUGCUGGUCAGGUCUCUGGAGAGUGCCGCAGAGGUCCAGGGCUUCCUGGUCAUCUUCAGCCACGACUACUUCUCCGAGGAGAUCAACUCCAUCGUGCAAGGGAUCACUUUCUGCAAGGUCGUCCAGAUCUACUUCCCCUACAGCACCCAGCUCUACCCCGACUCCUUCCCCGGCCACGAUCCCAAGGACUGCCCCCGGGACGCGGCCCGGGACCAGGCCGUGAGGUCGGGCUGCCUGAACGCGGAGCACCCCGACUCCUACGGCCACUACCGCGAGGCGGCCAUCACUCAGACCAAGCACCACUGGUGGUGGAAGAUGCACUUUGUGUGGGAGCGGGUGGGCGCCGUGCAGGGCUACCACGGCUUCGCCGUGUUCCUGGAGGAGGACCACUACCUGCUGCCCGACUUCUACCACCACUACCGCGCCAUGGCGGCCUACCGCGCCGCCAGCUGCCCCGACUGCGACGUGCUGGCGCUGGGGAACCACAAGGUGCCGGACGGCGGCUUCGGGGGCCACUCGGACCGGCUGCAGACGGCCAGCUGGGAGUCCACCAAGCACAACAUGGGCCUGGCGCUUUCCCGCGAGGUGUACUACAAGCUGAUGGGCUGCAACGAGGCCUUCUGCACCUACGACGACUACAACUGGGACUGGACCCUGCAGCACCUGUCGGGGACCUGCAUCGCCAAGCCCCUGAAGGUGCUGGCGGCCCUGGGCUCCCGCGUACUCCACACCGGGGACUGCGGCCUCCACCAGAAGAAGGAGGAGUGCAGGCCGGAGCUGGCGGCGCGGCGGGUGGAGGAGGUCCUGCAGCGGGUGAAGGGGAGCCUGUUCCCCGCCUCGCUCUCGCUCAGCGGGGGGGAGAAGGUGGAGCACCGGCCCCACGUCAAGAACGGAGGCUGGGGGGACCUCCGCGACCACGGGCUCUGCAAGAACUACGCCCGGCGCCUCUGAGAACCGCACUCACCUCCACGUGCACGGCCCACCUCCACGUGCACGGCCCACCUCCACGUGCACAAGGUGGACAUCAGGAGGAGGUUCAGCUUCUGACUGAAAGUCCUCCAGGGGUCAGACCACCAGUUGUUGUCGUGUGUGUGUGUGUGUGUGUGUGUGUGUGUGUGUGUGUGUGUGUGUGUGUGUGUGUGUGUGUGUGUGUGUGUGUGUGUGUGUGUGUGUGUGUGUGCGUGUGCGUGCCUGCCUGUGCGCGUGUGUGUGUUAUAGAGCUAGAUUCCUAGCUUGAGUUUUAGCAUCUUUCUUAAAACACCAAAGGGGCGCGAUUGCCAAAGACUUCUCUUGAUUACAUUAUAGGCCAUUUAGUUGUGUUUGAUCAGGUUUGGGAUGAUUUCAAAAGUGUGCGUGUGUGUGUGUGUGGGAUGCAACUUGAGAUUAAACAGCGGAUGCCUGUGACAAUGCAAAUUUAUUAUUUUGUUAUGCAGAAGAUGUCCACAAUGCGUUCUAUUGUGAUCCAAA